AUGGCUGUUGUACACAUCUGCAGACAUGGUCAAGACGAAGACAAUUUUGAAGGGCUUUUGAACGGUCGACGUGAUCGCCCGCUCACACGGUUGGGGCGGGAGCAGGCGACUGCGCUAUCGCAGAAAUUAAAGGAGAGAGGAAUGACGUAUGACAUCAUAUUAACAUCACCAUUGCAGCGGGCGAAUGAGACCGCUCGCAUCAUUGGUGAGGCUCUUUCUGUUAAUGUGGAGACGGAGAUUGAACUAAUGGAGCGUGAAUUUGGUGUGCUGACGGGAAAGCCUAUGGAACAGAUCAGAACGCACGCCGGGGAAAAUGUUGUACAAGGGGAUAGGGUCUUGUACUUUCUUUCUGUCGAUGGGGCGGAAACGUUUGACGAAUGCUAUGAUCGUGCCGCCCGUGUUUUACGGCGUGUGGACGCCAACUUUGCUGGAAAACGUGUACUGCUUGUCUGUCACGGGGAUAUUGGCAAGAUGCUGCUUGCAGUAAGGAGAAAAAUAACGUGGCGCGAAGGCAUUAUGCUGCCGUAUUUUGCCAAUACUGAUGUUCUGGAGACAUAA